UGGAGGUGGGGGCGGGGAGGGGGAGAGAGAGUGUGUGUGUGUGCGUGCGCGAGAGAGCGAGCAGCCAGCGAGCGAGCUACUCCGUCAGCGAGCGAAGCCAGUGCCGGGGAGGCUCGGCCGCCGCCGCCGCCGCCAUUAUCAAGUCGAGAACACCGGGAAGGGAGGAGGGGAUGGGGCCAGGCCGGGACCUCUGAGGGGCGCUGCGGUCCGGAGGGGGAACGGCGGCUGCCGUCGGCGCGGAGCGAGAGCUUCGGGAAUGCUACCACUCUGGCCGCGCAGGAGCCGGAGAUCGAGAUCUCUCAGGGAAAAACCAUUUGAAAAUUUACAUGUGUGAUAUUGCUGCAGCGAAGAUCUUACAAAGUAUCACAGCCUUCUUGCUUGAUUUUCUGUAAGGAAAUGUGGACCACUUGGUCCUGAACACCUAACGUUAUUGCAAGCAUGAGGAUUCUUGAAGAACUGAACAUUUAAUUUUACAAGCUUGGAGAUACAAUAUUAGUGUGUAGAGGCACUUCUAAGAAUGAGUGCUACACCCAGUUGUGUUGGUAAAUACAGAAGGAUGAGAAGAACACUAUGAUGGCAAAGAACAAAGAGCCUCGCCCCCCAUCCUAUGCUAUUGGUGUGGUUGGACUUUCUGGGACUGAAAAAGACAAGGGGAACUGUGGAGUUGGGAAAUCAUGUUUGUGCAAUAGAUUUGUGCGUUCAAAAGCAGAUGAAUAUUACCCUGAACAUACCUCUGUGCUUAGCACAAUUGACUUUGGUGGACGUGUUGUUAAUAAUGAUCACUUUUUAUACUGGGGUGACGUGACGCAAUGUGGAGAGGAUGGAAUAGAUUGCAAAAUUCAUGUUGUUGAACAAACUGAGUUCAUUGAUGAUCAGACUUUUCUGCCACAUCGAAGUACAAACUUACAACCGUAUAUUAAACGUGCAGCUGCAACCAAAUUGCAGUCGGCAGAAAAACUUAUGUAUAUUUGCACAGAUCAGCUUGGAUUGGAGCAAGACUUUGAGCAAAAGCAAAUGCCUGAAGGCAAGCUCAACAUUGAUGGGUUUUUAUUAUGCAUUGAUGUGAGUCAAGGAUGCAAUAGGAAGUUUGAUGACCAACUUAAAUUUGUGAAUAACCUCUAUAUUCAGUUAUCAAAAUCUAAAAAACCUAUAAUAAUAGCAGCAACUAAAUGUGAUGAAUGUGUGGAACAUUAUUUACGAGAGGUUCAAUCAUUUGCUUCAAAUAAGAAGAACCUUCUGGUAGUGGAAACAUCUGCAAGGUUUAAUGUCAAUGUAGAGACAUGUUUUACUGCACUGGUACAAAUGAUGGAUAAAACCCGUGGAAAGCCUAAAAUAAUUCCUUAUCUGGAUGCCUAUAAAACACAGAGACAACUAGUUGUUACUGCAACAGAUAAAUUUGAGAAACUUGUGCAGACUGUGAGAGACUAUCAUGCCACUUGGAAAACGGUUAGUAAUAAACUGAAAAAUCAUCCAGAUUAUGAAGAAUACAUUAAUUUAGAGGGAACAAAAAAGGCCAAAAAUACAUUUUCAAAACACAUAGAACAGCUUAAACAAGAGCAUAUAAGAAAAAGAAGAGAUGAAUAUAUUAAUACAUUACCAAGAGCUUUUAAUACCCUACUGUCAAACCUUGAAGAGAUUGAACAUUUGAGUUGGUCAGAAGCUUUGAAAUUGAUGGAGAAAAGACCAGAUUUCCAUCUAUGUUUUGUAGUGCUGGAAAAAACACCCUGGGAUGAAACUGACCAUAUAGAUAAAGUGAAUGACAGGAGAAUUCCAUUUGACCUUUUGAGCACAUUAGAAGCUGAAAAAGUCUAUCAAAAUCAUGUACAGCAUCUAAUAUCAGAAAAAAGGAGAGUUGAAAUGAAGGAGAAGUUCAAAAAAACACUUGAAAAAAUACAGUUCAUUUCUCCUGGGCAGCCCUGGGAAGAAGUUAUGUGUUUUGUAAUGGAGGAUGAAGCUUUUAAAUAUAUUACAGAGGUGGAUAGUAGAGAAGUGUAUAGUAGGCAUCAACGGGAAAUAGUUGAAAAAGCCAAAGAAGAAUUUCAGGAAAUGCUUUUUGAACAUUCAGAACUGUUUUAUGAUCUGGAUUUAAAUGCAACACCUAGUUCUGAUAAAAUGAGUGAAAUCCACGCAGUUCUAAGUGAGGAGCCUAGAUACAAAGCUUUACAGAAACUUGCACCUGAUAGAGAAUCUCUUCUGCUUAAACACAUAGGGUUUGUGUAUCAUCCCACUAAAGAAACUUGUCUCAGUGGCCAAAACUGCAUGGACAUUAAAGUAGAACAGUUACUUGCCAAUAGUCUCUUGCAGUUGGACCAUGGUCGUUCAAAUUUAUAUCAUGAUAGUGCCAGCAUUGAUAAAGUUAAUAUUUUCAUUUUGGGUAAAGAUGGUUUUGCGCAAGAACUGGCAAAUGAGAUCCGGAUGCAAUCCACGGAUGAUGAGUAUGCCUUAGAUGGUAAAAUAUAUGAACUUGACCUUAGGCCAGUUGAUGCAAAGUCACCUUAUCUUCUAAGUCAGUUAUGGACUUCUGCCUUCAAACCGCAUGGGUUUUUCUGUGUGUUUAAUUCAAUUGAAUCACUCAAUUUUAUUGGAGAAUGCAUUGGGAAAAUAAGGACUGAAGCAUCUCAGAUAAGAAGAGAUAAGUAUAUGGCCACUCUUCCAUUUAUAUUAAUAUUAGCUAAUCAGAGAGAGAGCAAGAAUUUGCCAAUUCUAAGACAUCAAGGACAGCAAUUGGCAAACAAGUUGCAGUGCCCUUUUAUAGAUGUGCCUGCUGGUACCUACCCACGUAAAUUUAAUGAGGCUCAAAUAAAACAAGCGUUGAGGGGAGUUCUGGAAGCAGUUAAACACAAUUUUGAUGUUGUAAGCCCUCUUCCUACAAUUAAAGACCUCUCAGAAGCUGAUUUGAGAAUUGUUAUGUGUGCCAUGUGUGGAGAUCCUUUCAGUGUGCAUCUUAUUCUUUCACCCUUCCUUGACUCUCAUUCUUGUAGUGCUGCUCAGGCUGGCCAGAAUAAUUCACUAAUGCUUGAUAAAAUUAUAGGUGAAAAACGGAGGCGAAUACAGAUAACAAUAUUAUCAUAUCAUUCUUCAAUUGGUGUAAGAAAAGAUGAACUUGUUCAUGGAUAUAUACUAGUUUACUCUGCAAAACGAAAAGCAUCCAUGGGAAUGCUUCGAGCAUUUCUUUCAGAAGUGCAAGAUACUAUUCCUGUUCAGUUGGUGGCUGUUACUGACAGUCAGGCAGACUUCUUUGAGAAUGAGGCUAUCAAAGAAUUAAUGACUGAGGGUGAACAUAUUGCUACUGAGAUUACUGCUAAAUUUACAGCUCUAUAUUCUUUAUCUCAGUAUCACCGUCAGACUGAAGUUUUCACAUUGUUCUUCAGUGAUGUUUUAGAAAAGAAAAGCAUGAUUGAAAAUUCCUACAUGUCUGAUAGUACAAGAGAGACAACACACACAAGUGAGGAUGUUUUCCUGCAUUCUCCUAGAGGGAGCUCUCUUGCUUACAACUAUUAUCCAGAUUCUGAAGAUGAUACUGAAGCUCCACCUCCUUACAGCCCAAUUGGAGAUGAUGUACAGCUGCUCCCAACGCCUGAUCGCUCAAAAUAUCGUUUAGAUUUGGAAGGUAAUGAAUAUCCUGUUCAUAGCACACCACUUAAUUGUCAUGAUCAUGAACGCAACCAUAAAGUGCCUCCUCCCAUAAAACCUAAACCAAGUGCACCCAAGGCAAAUGUGAAAAAAUUGGAUCCAAACCUGUUAAAAACCAUUGAGGCGGGUAUUAGACCAAAACCUAGACCAGGUCUGACACAAGCUGAUGAUGAUCAGUCUGAUAAUUAUGCAGAACCUAUAGACACUAUUUUUAAGCGCAGAGGUGUUACUGAUGAUAUCUAUGCUGUUCCAGAUGAUAGUCAGAAUCGUGUAAUUAAAAUUCGAAACUCAUUUAUAAUAAACAAUGCCCAAGGAGAUGAAGAAAAUGGAUUUCCUGAUAGAAUUUCAAAGACCCAUGGAGAAAGAAGGCCUUCAAAAUACAAAUACAAAUCUAAAACAUUGUUUAGUAAAGCCAAAUCAUAUUAUAGGAGAGCACAUUCAGAUGCAAGUGAUGAUGAAGCUUUUACAACCUCUAAAACAAAAAGAAAGGGAAGACAUCGUGGCAGUGAAGAAGAUCCACUUCUGUCCCCUGUUGAAACGUGGAAAGGUGGCAUUGAUAAUCCUGCUAUUACAUCAGAUCAAGAGUUGGAUGAUAAAAAGAUGAAGAAGAAAACUCAGAAAGUAAAAGAAGACAAAAAACAAAAAAAGAAAACCAAGACAUUCAAUCCACCAACUCGUAGAAAUUGGGAAAGUAAUUACUUUGGGAUGCCCCUGCAGGAUUUGGUUACACCUGAAAAACCUAUACCACACUUUGUUGAGAAGUGUGUGGAGUUCAUUGAAGACACAGGUCUGUGUACUGAAGGUCUCUAUCGUGUUAGUGGAAAUAAAACUGAUCAAGACAACAUUCAGAAGCAAUUUGAUCAAGAUCAUAAUAUCAGUCUAGAAUCUAUGGAUGUAACGGUAAAUGCUGUGGCUGGAGCUCUUAAAGCCUUCUUUGCAGAUCUGCCAGAUCCUUUAAUUCCUUACUCUCUGCAUCCAGAAUUAGUGGAAGCAUCAAAAAUCCUUGAUAAGACAGAGAGGCUUUAUGAAUUAAAAGAAAUUGUGAAGAAAUUCCAUCCAGUGAACUAUGAGGUCUUCAAAUAUGUAAUAACUCAUCUGAACAGGGUUAGCCAGCAAAAUAGAACCAAUUUUAUGACUGCAGAUAACUUAUCUAUCUGUUUCUGGCCAACUUUGAUGAGACCUGAUUUUGAAAACCGAGAGUUUCUAUCAACGACCAAGAUUCUCCAAUCAGUAAUAGAGACAUUUAUUCAACAGUGCCAGUUCUUCUUCUGUAGUGGAGAAAUUUUAGAAACUUCUGACAAUGUGACACAUCAGCCUCCACCUCUCAACCCAGUGCAGAUGAUAGAUCCAAUUGUACCAUUACAAUUACCACCACCUCUACAACCUCAGCUGAUACAACCACAGUUGCAAGCAGAUCCUCUUGGUAUUAUUUAAAUAAAACUUAGUAAAAGGAAGAUGAUUGCUGGCAGCCUGGCAUUGGAUAAAAAAGGAAAACUAGACAUGCAUGUUUCAAGAUACAAAAACAACUUUCAUGCUUACAAAAGAAUUUGGAUCCAAACAAGGACAUUUUUGUUGUAGUCAUACUAUACACCAUAAAUACUGCAGGUUAAAAUUAUGUUAUUAGCAUGACUGGAGAGGUUUAAUUUUUUUAAACAAAACUAAAGUGCAAAGCUGCUGUUGCAUGAACAUUUAUUGCAAUCACUAUCAUUCCUGUGACAAUUUGUCACAAUAUAUUGUGAAUAAAAUUUUUCUAUAGAAAUGUAAUGAUUAAAUAAAUCAUUUUAUGUAACAUUCAAUGCUUACAGCCUGCUUUAGGGCUGUUUUUGUUAUUUAAUAUCCUUUUUUUCUGGCAAUUUCAUUCCAAUUUAGUCAUUUGCUGUGGGCAGCUGAAAAACAACUGUAUCUUAUUUGUAAACUCCAAGCUACUUAUGCUACAGUAUGCUUAGUUUCAGAGAGAACAUAAACUGCACUGUUAUAAAUACAAUUCCCCACCUUCCAUUUCUCUUAAAUAAACUUGUGGACAUUUUUGUUUGAGGGAUUAAUCAAAUUAUUUUUUCUUACAGCACAAUACCAAGGACAUGCUUAUUGUAAAAGUGACUUUAACCAUUGUCAAAAAUGUUGCUCUUAUCUACUUUCCCCUUACUUUGCAUUCAAGAAUGAAACAAUUUGUAAUACUGUUAAUUCUGUAAACAGUUGCAUGUUUGAAAGAUCAUUGAUGGUCUUGUAAACCUAAUCUAAUAUAUUUUAGAUAUCUUAAUUUUUUCCCCACUGGGGAAUUCAUCUAGUAUGUAGAAAAUAGUUUGACAUUUUCAUAUAAGGUUAUAUAACUUUUCAUAAAUGAGAAUUUUGUUGUAGCGUAAACUAUCUAAACCAAACAAUCUAUGACUUAAAUUUAACACAUGAUAUAUUUUUCUGUGGCCCUUUACAGUAUAAAAAAAGCAUUGCUAAUACAUAGCAAUAAAUACUUUGGGUACUGAGCAUCUUAAUGUGUACAUAAAAGGACAUUUGUAUUCAUGUGGGUUUUUUUCUGUGCUCUAUUGUACUAAAAUUCAAAAUGAUUGUGUUUGCACCAUUUAAAAAAAAAUUUUUCUUUUACAUUGGUACAAGUUUUGCUGUAAAAGAAUGCUGCUUAAUUUUAAACCAUUCUUGGUUAAUCUUUGUUAAAUGUGCUAGAAGGCUAAAAUUGUGAAUCAGAUUUGGGUGGAGCCUAACAAUAUUUGAAUUUCCCUUGCUUUCUCUCCCCCCCACCCCAAUAUUCAAAAUAUCUUUCUUUUUUUAAAAAGAAACUGGUUUAUUCAGCUGCUGGGAUAUCUUGAGUAGAUUAAAAAACUUUAUGAUCAUGAUUGUAAUCUUCAUACUUUUUUUAACCUAUUAUAGCAAGUAGAACAUUUUUAAUUAUUAACAUUCUUAAUAGCUUGAUUUGCAAAGAUUAAGAAUUAAGGUUCUUAAGAGCUUUCUCUAAAAUAAAAAUUGCCUUUUUCAAUUGUUAUGUCCUAGGUAUUGUACUUCUAAUGACAUGGAUUACAAUUCUAGUUAAAAUACCAUAACCCAAGCUGCUGUUGAAGUAUUUGUAUAUUAUAAAUUAUCUUGAUAUUUGUGUUAUAUUCUUGCAAGUAAUUAUCUUUUCUAAAAAAACACACCCCAAAAACCAAAAAACAACCCCUAUUCCAAUUGAAAGCACACAGGAUAUAAAAAUAAUAAAGAUUUUGUCCUGUAAAAGUAGUAGCAUUAACCUGUUUUACCUUACAUCUGUUGUUGAAAUAGCUUUUAUUUAUAGUCAUCAGUUUAACAUAGGCAUGUUAAGAAAAACAAUUAAUCUUCAAGAGUUUUUAUAAACUGUUUCUAGGUUGCUAAAGAAUUUAUUUUUCUACUAUAGAUGGUAUAGACAAAAGCAUCAAACUGUACAGAAAAAGCUUAUUUCUAUUGCAAGUAGGCUUAAAUUUUUCAGUCAUAUCCAUUUGAAGAAUUUGUCUUAACUGAGUGGACAUAGUUUUUCCAUUUAGAAUUCUGUCUCUUUGUAAACUAGUGUAAUUUUAGUUAAAUGAGGUGUUAAACUCUUCUACCUAUACAGAUAGGUUCCCAGAAUUUGUUUCCAGGUUGUUUUAGACAACUAUUUGUAACAACCUGAAAUUUAGUUUAUCCAUAAGUUGUUAAAAUGCUGCUCUUUUAGUUGGCCUAGGGCAUGAUCCACCAAGGCAGUGUUCAUCUUGGUACUCUUUUUGUAUGCAGCAUUGCGUAAGUAUGCCUGUGUCCCAUAGGCAUAUCCCAUAACCACAAACAGCUUUCACACUUUCUGCUGUUACUUGAAGCUACCAAGUGGACUGUGUUCCCAGUGGAUCAUGUAUGUAGGCUGCAAACCUCAUUAACAUCUAAGUAAACAUUUGUGUCACCUACUUGUUGUUCCUUCUGUGACCUUUACAUCAGAAUUGAAGUGCUGUCAAUGUUACCCACAAGACUCUUAGCAGCACACAUUUUUGUACCUGUCAUGUUUGCUUCACAUACAUGUACCCCUUUCCCAUUUAAAAACAGUUGGUAGGGGUUGCUAAUUGAAAACAGGAGGAACAUCAGAUAUACAUGGUAUUUGCAGGGUUAAACAGCCUUAUAAUCUUAAUGAUAUACAUGGUAUAAAAAGCAGGCCUACAUGGAAUUACUACAUACAUAGCAGUUUGGUUCAUUUUUGUUGGCUAAAGGAGUAGUCCCUUAUAGCUUGCUUUUAUAAACUUUCAAGCCAAGGAAAAUGGUUAAUGUUGUGAAUUCAGUCCAUUUUACAGUAAUGUGAACAGUGCUCAACAAUUGUCCAUUUGACUGUUACAUCCUUCAUACUGACUUUUGAUAUAUUUUGUGUGUUCCUCAUAUGUACAGCUUAGACUGCAGUCCCAGGCACAAUUGUGCUUACUAAGUCCCAUUGAGAUCAGUGAGAUGGAUUGUAGCCUUAGGCUCCAAUCCUGAGCACAGUUACUAGGGAGCUGAAGUUAGUGGGACUUGUUUCUCAAUAACUAUGCUUAGGAUUGUGCUUUUGUGUGUGUAAUGAGUAUUUGAGCAUCUUAUGAGUGUAUUUAGUCCCACAUAUAAACAUUUAAGUGGCAUUUUAUAUUAAAUGAUGUUUUACAGAUUAUUUUUACAUUGCACUCUAACUUUAAGGAUUUUAAUAUAGUGUAAAUAGAUAUACAUCUUUUAAUGAAGAGCACCAAUUUUCCACAACAUAUUUUUUUCUGCAUUACUUGAAUAAUGGUUGCUAGAAAUUACCAUUGACUUGUUUAUUUUUUGCGGUACUGGAGUUUAGUUUCUAAUCUCUUUAAAACUGUAAAGUGAGCUAAUUGGAAAACUUUUUUAAAAAAUAGGCCUUAGCUUCCAUUGUGAUUUCAUUUUUUACAGUAACUGUGAUGCUCUAUCAGCUGAAUAUAUAUACUUUUUUAAGUUGGUUGUUUAUAAUUCAUGUACUCUUGUCACACCACCUACAGAAUGCUACAGUGAAUUAAAUAUCAGCGAAGCUUAUCUGUAUGCAGAAUGCAAUGAAUAAAACAUUAAGAUGCC